AUGUCUGAUGUGGAUAGAUCUAUUGUCUUUGCUGUUUUCUUUUCCUCUCCAUUUUAUGACAUCACAAUUGGCUACAAGCAUAAUUGCCCUUCUUUUUUGGACAAUGCUUUUGGGGUUGAUCCAGCUGAAGUUCAUAUGCACGUCCGCUGUAUUGCUAUUGCGGAUAUACCAGAAUCUGAAAAUCAGGCUGCUUCAUGGUUGAUGGAUACAUUCAGUGAUAAGGAUAAAUUGUUGUCCGAUUUUCAUUCAGAAGGUCAUUUCCCUCGCGAAGGAAUAGAAAAUGAGCUCUCUACAGCCAAGUGUCUAGCAAACUUCAUCUUUGUGAUAACAUUGACUGUACUUUGUACAUAUCUAACGCUAUUCUUGUCCAUUUGGUUCAAGAUAUAUGUUUCCUCUGUAUGUGCAUUCUUGGCAACAGCUACAUUCUUCAAUAUUCGGCCUUCGCCCAUUGUAUCUUUAUGA